AUGAUUCAGGACAGACAGAAAGUUGACACAGAGUUGUGCGAGCUGAGAGAGGCUCUCAAAGAUGCUGAGACAAGAGCAAAGACAUGCGAAGAAGAACGAAACCAGGCGAUCCAGAAAUGCCAGACAACUACAGAGACGCAGAAGACGUUGUUGAAUCAAAUAGAGGAGAUGAAUCAGAGGCUUCGCCUCACAAGAGAGAAUCACUCUGAAGUGCAAGAACAGCUGCGUGAAGCCAACAACAAGAUUAGCCAAGCAUGCCUGGAAAAAGCCAUCCUGUCGACACAAGUGCUAAAGCUGGAGGAUAAUGCAAAAGAACUGAAGGCCAAACUGACAUCGGCUCUGUCUGACAAAAAUCACCUGAUCCAGCAGAAAGCAGAUCUGCACCAGAGGGCCCAACAAGGUUCAGAUGGUUGUGAUGUCCCCGUCAUUCAGGCUGACACCAAGUCACACAACAACAAACAAGCUGAGCUGAUAAAGGAAGAAGUGAAGGCUCUCAGAGAGGUAAAUGAAAAGCUGACAGGUGAGCUUCAGAUGAUUCAGGAGAAACUGAAAACAUCACAGUCUCAGCUUCAGGAGGUAACAGCGGAGAGGGCCACAGACUCCAAACAGAUCACAGAUCUGCAGGCAGAACGAUCUCAGCUGAUCAGAGACAAAGAGGAGCUGCUGAGGAGAAUGAAUGAAGCUGGAAACGAGCAGUUAAUAGAGACGAAAGAAAAGUGCUGCAAGCUGAGAGAAUCUGUAGAAGUUUUGGAAUUAGAAAAGCAGAAGCUGCAGGAUCGGUGUCUGUGUUUGGAGGCUGAGGUUCUUGAGAAGGAAGAGAAGCUACAGCUGCGAGAGGAAGAGCAUCUGAAACAAGAUUCAACGAGAGUCCAGAGAAUUGAGGAACUAAAAGCUGUGGCUUCACAUUGGGCAGAGAAAUGGGAAAAGGUGGCUUUGACACUGCAUUUGACAAAGGAGGAGCUAGAGGGACUCAAGAAGAGCAACUCCAGAAAUGAAACAGAAUCAGGCUCACUGCUCAGGGUUGAGCUUGAUGCAUGCAAACAGGAGCUGGAGCUGGAGAGGAGCAGGGGUGGUAAAACUUUGGUGCACACUGAGGACACAGAGACACAGACAGACUUAUCAGAAUCCUCUUUGUUAUGGGAGCCACCAUCAGACGCCCACAGCAGCCAAAACAAAGCCCCACAGGUGUGUAUACAAAGCAGUGAGGUGCAAAGACUGAAGCAAAAACUGUCACUAAGAGAGAAGGAACUGAGGGAAAAGGAAGAAGCUUUGACGAGUUUAGAGAGGCUGAGAGAGACAGAAAACACUUUGGCUCAACUCAAGAUUGCUGCUCUAGAGCUCAAGGUUAAAGAUGAGAAACCAUCUGCUGAAGGCAGGAAGGAUAAAACUGUCUGUCCAGUUCUACUAGAGACGGAGCAGCAGAGGAGGAUGGUCACUGAGCAGCUAAAGAGUCUGUUUAAGGGGCGAGAAGGAAAGGACAUUGGGAAGGCUGACAGCAGAUCAGCAGCAGGUCAAACAGGAGCCUCUUCACUGCAAGACUGGUCCCAAACAUCUAAAGCUGUAAGGGGUGCAGUGGACAGGAGGAGCUGGCAGCAGCACAGCUCUGGUUUGAUGCCAGUGUUUGAGGAGGACGAGGAGGGCGUCGAUCUGCCAGGAGAGGAGGAGGGAGGGUCAGCAGAAGAAGCUCAUACCGAGGGAAACGUCCACAACCAGAGCCAACAGAUGUCAACUAUGCGUGCAGAAGUCUGCAAUCUGAAGGCUAAAAAUGAGAAUCUGCUGCAAGCCACAUUAAGGUGCAAGCAACCAACCCAGGACAAAUCUCAUCAUUGUUCGGAUGAGGUCGACCUGCCACUGACGAGGCCACUUUCCCUUUACCCUGAUGGAAUAUUCCUGGCUGAGUUUGUAGAUAUCUGUAGCCCUGAUGAAGAUGAAGAGGAGGGAGAGGAUGAAUGA